UGAGGCGCCCAAGGAGGGCGCGCGGUGAGCGGCUGGACCUGUGGCAGCGGGUUGCUAGGCGACCGGGAACGCGGCUGCCUCAGCCGCAGGAGGCCGCGAGGUCCCGGAGGGGCCCGGCUCGACCAUGUCUUCCCUGCGCGGCGCGGACCCCGCGCUCAGGGCCUACUUCAAGCGCCACAGGCUCCUCGAUGUCUACGAGACUCUACUAUGUGGUGUAUUUAUUAUGUGUCCAGAGGAUCCACUUAAGUUUUUAGAAGAAAAGAUCAGAGAAAUAAUGGAGAAGGGACUAGAUGGUAUUUUAUGGGAUACAUGUAUUGAUUCAUCCUUAAGGCCAAAAUUAAAGAGGAUUUCAGAAACUUAUUUGCACAUCCUUUUUGGACUAAAUGAUGAACAGCUGAUGACCGAUGAGUUAUGUGGCAAAGCAUGGAACUUUUACAGCAAAAACUUAAAGAAAGUGUACUUUCAAGAAUGGAUGCAAUAUUGUCUGUUGCAAAGAAACAGUAGAGCACUUGUAAAGCGGAAGAUGGCUGUUGCAGCAGCCCAUUAUGACACCAGAAUAACCAGAGUAAUAGUACAGAAGUGGAGAGCUUGGGUACAGUUUCGCAAGGAACUAAUAGCAUUGGCAGCAAUGAGGAUACAAAAGGUCUUUAAUGACAGUUUGCACAAAAUUAUCCUAAAGGCGUGGCAUGCAGAGGCUCAGAGUUCCGCAAAAACAAAAGCAUAUUUUGAGCGUUUGGUAAAGGGAGACCAGGAAGAAUAUUUUGAUAAACAGGAUGAUGUACAAUAUUCUUCUACCUCAGAAACAGUCAAAGAUGAAAUAUCAAAUAUACCAGAAAGAGCAGUAUUACAGAUCUUCCAUUAUAUCAACUUAAUUGAUCUGGCAAGAUGUGCUCAAGUUAGCCGAACCUGGAUGUUGCUAACACAGGCUAGUUCAAUAUGGACUGAUAUUGAUUUUUCUUCAGUAAAGCACAAGAUGCAGGACAAAACACUAAUAAAUAUUCUGAAGAAGUGGCGUCCUUAUGUGGUACGUUUGAAUCUUCGUGGUUGUUCUUCUCUUCACUGGCCAAGCUUUAAAAGUAUUAGUGAAUGUAAAAAUUUGCAAGAUUUGAAUGUCUCUGAAUGCCAGGGAUUAAAUGAUGAAUCAAUGAGACUUAUAUCAGAAGGUUGUCCAGCUCUUCUCUAUUUAAAUCUGUCAUACACAGAUAUUACUAAUGGGACACUAAGACUGUUAUCAAGGAGCUUCUCCAAUUUACAAUAUUUGAGUUUAGCUUACUGCAGAAAAUUCACAGACAAAGGUUUACAGUACCUGGGAUCUGGGAAAGGAUGUCACAAGCUCAUCUAUUUAGACCUUUCAGGUUGCAUUCAGAUCUCUGUUGAUGGCUUCAGAUAUAUUGCUAACAGCUGCAGUGAGAUUAAGCACUUGGUAAUCAAUGAUAUGCCAACUCUUACAGACAAAUGUAUUCAAGCUUUAGUUGAGAAAUGCCAACAGAUUAUGUCUGUUGUUUUUCUGGACUCUCCACAUCUUUCUGAUGUAGCUUUUAAAGCCCUUGCUGAAUGUAAACUUGUCAAGGUCAGAAUUGAAGGAAAUAAUCGGAUUACUGAUUUAAGUUUCAAGUUGAUGAGCAAAUCUUGCCCACAAAUCAAGCACAUUUAUAUGGCUGAUUGCCAGAAGAUUACAGAUGUCAGUCUUAAGACAAUUUCUCCAUUGAAGUAUAUUCUUGUAUUGAAUUUAGCAGACUGUGUAAGAAUCAGUGAUGCAGGUUUGCGAUCAUUUUUAGAAGGAUCUUCAGGGACAAAGCUAAGAGAACUGAACUUGACUAACUGCAUCCAUGUCACUGAUGCCUCCCUCAUGAAAAUAGCCCAAAGGUGCCAUAAUCUGACCUACCUGAAUAUGCGUUACUGUGAAAGCGUGACUGAUGCUGGGAUUGAAGCACUGGGAAACAUGACCUCAUUGAUAUCUAUUGAUAUUUCUGGAACCACUGUCUCAGAUAUGAGCUUGGCAGCUCUGGGCCAUACUAGAAGAAUGAAGGAACUUUCUGUAUCUGAAUGUAGGAAGAUCACUGAUAUGGGAAUUCAGAAGUUCUGCCAGGGUGCAAAAGAUCUAGAAUACUGUGAUGUCUCUUACUGCUUUCAACUGACAAAUGAAACUGUCAAAGCUUUGGCAUUUAACUGCCACCAACUUACAUCCCUCAACAUAGCUGGUUGCCACAAGAUGACAGAUUUGUGUGUUCAGUAUUUGUCAGGAGUCUGCCAUUAUCUCCACUUCUUGGAUAUCUCAGGCUGUAUACAUCUUACUGACAAAACACUAAAGUACCUUUGGAAAGGUUGUACGCAACUCCGGAUUCUUAAGAUGCUGUACUGCAGAAAUAUUACCAAACAAGCUGUUUUGAAAUAUUCAGCCAAGCUAGAGAAGCAGGAAUAUAAUGAUGCCGACCCUCCUGCAUGGCUUGGGUAUGAUAGCGGCGGCGGUGUACUCCCCCUCAACAAGAAACCCAAAACAGGACCUGAAAAAGCUAAAGCCUUGUACCAGAAUGAAAACAAAGAAGCUGCAUAACAUCAUCUGUGCUUCAAGUUUUCUUCAGCAGAGAGUGAAAAAAUGAAACAGCAAGUUCCUGUUUCUAAAAUAGUCAUUUAAUAAAGCGGAUUUUCUAGUUGAAUUGUGAAGCGUUUAUUCCAAAUCUUCUUAGCAGCAGUACUGCUGCCCGCAUUCACAAUUACUGUGCAAAGAAAUGAAAUUGCUAGCUUAAUUUUUUAGUGAGCUUUCAGAUGCUGACUCAAUCUAGUGAAAUUUCAGAUGUGUUCAUCUUCCAGGCAUGAGCAGCAUUUAUACAGCUUGCAAAGCAGUAUUUAUACUUUUACGAUAUGUAACUAAUAAAAAGCUAUGUGUGUGGUGUUCUUAUUUAUCGAGAGGGUCUGACUAGGGCUUGCCCCCAUGAGGGGACAAGAACCCUGAGCUCUCACAAAAAUCUGGAAAUUCUGCACCCCACAGAAUUAGUUCAUAUCAAGGACAAAUAUCGAUAUGACCACCCCUGCCCCCCCACUACAUAUGCAAAUAUCAUAUUUGUGCCUUCAAAUGGUCACUUGCACAUACAUUGCAGUAAUUGCACAUUCAGGCCUCUCAUUCUAAAAGUGUGGUUCUCCACGUUACUUAAGGCCAGAUUGUUAAAACUUGGGGCUUUUGAAAAUCCUACUAGGCACCUUGGUGCCUAACUGCCACUGAUGGGAGUUAGGUGCACAGGCAUUUUUGAAAAUCCUUCUGGACACCUAGCUGGAUCUUUAGGAGUCUAAAUAACUUUAAACAUGAAGCGUUAGAUUUUUUUAACUUCGGUGAUAUGAAAUUACUGAGUUGAGAGAGCCAGCACAAUGGAAGAUAGAGGGACCAAAGAGACUUUGAAAAAUUAGCAGCAAAAUCUAUGGAGCCGAUUCUGUAAAACGUAUCCAUACACUUUUGCUGCUGCAUGGCGUUCCAUUUAAGUGAGUGCAAAUCCAUGUAGUAGUAUAGGUCUGUGUCCCCUUUGACUAAAACAGUUAACAGAAGCCUUGGGUUUGAAAAUUUCUUCAGGAAAUUAAAACCCAUCACAUGCUUUCAUUAAUUUUUUACGUCUGCCAUUUCAAACUAUCAGUGUUGCUCCACCUCAAGACUCCUUGUCCCCAGACAGAAAAAAAAACUACAUAGAUUAAGGGGAAAGCAAUGACUGAUGUGGUUUCAAUUAAGUGCUAUGAAGGGUAAUAAUAGUGCCCUCUAUUUUCUCCCUGUUGUGCACUAACAAUGGCACUUACAAUGUGAAACAGUAGAACAGGAUGGCUUUACAAUGUAGCCUGGUGAUUUAAUGUGCAAGUGCACACACAGAGACAGAGCCUAUGGUAAAUUAUGAACAGCAGUGGAGCUGUGAACGCUCCUUUUCCUUUCUCUGCCAGCUGCACUCAAGAAGAGGUUUGAUGGCCUCAGAUUAAAUUUCAGUUUUGAGAACCAAACUUGUGUACCUCUUGUACAACUACCACUGUACUGCAGUCAGACAGAGGCUUUUAAAAGUUUCAUUUUCUUUAUUAUUAUGCAUUUGUAUUG